AUGCUUGCUGGGAUAGGCAACAAUAUUUAAGUAGAUCUUAUAAAACAACAAUCUAGUCUUGAGUAGUAAAGAAAAAAGCAUAAGAGGGAAUAAGUUGAUUUUCAGGAGUGUUUCAAUGAGGUAUUGGGUAUAUUGGAUAAAAACGAAGAGGCCUAUUAUAAACUUUUCAAAUAUCAAAAAGCUAAAAUUCCUAAAAAGAAAUAAGUACCAUAAUUAGAGUAUUAAAGCAUAAACAAGAAAAAGCAAAAAUUUAUAAAUAAUCAAUUAGUAAAAAUGAACUUCUAAAAGCCGGAAUAAAGAUAGAGUAAUCUACUUAUUGCUAAUUAUUAAAAAGAUCAUAUAAACUUAGAACUCCAACAAUUUUUAAAAUUUGAUCUUCCUGCUAUCGAUAUCAAUCUGAUUCAUAAAAAUUUUGCAAAGUACCAAAUCAAAAAUUAUGUGAUAUAAAGAGUGAAACUGUUAGUAUAGGAAAGCAAAAACUAAAAAUAGAAGCUAUCAACUGAAUUAAACCUAAAUCAGAUAUAAGAUCAAGAUUUUCUAAACAGACAAUAGUACUUGAUGUUUAAAUCAAUGCACAGCAAAGAACCUUAUCCUACAAUUGUACUGGAUAUAGAUAAGUUAAUCAGGGAAAAUGGUCUGUUAACUUAAAAUAACAAUGAAAGCAUGAUAUCAAUUAAAAAGACUUCUUAAAACAAUUAAAAUAAACAAUCAAGCCAAUCUCUAAUACUCAACAGACAAUAUCAUAUGCAUUUUAAUUAAUUGAGAAGAGUCAGAAGAACUAUAUCUAUCUAGCUUUAUUAGUCAAUGGUUGAUAACUUUAUCUCAAUAGAUUACCUCUACAAAACAGAUGCCAGAGAUAACAUUUUCCAAAUAAACUUAAUCAACAAUAACAACAUGUUAAAAGUCUGGCACUUUGACAAGAAUAACAAUUUAAUCAAGCAAAAAAGUGGACAGCAAAACAUCAUGCAUUAGAAUAGUGACUAAAUAAAAAAAAUAUUCGCCUUAAAGUUACCUAAAAUUUCUAAGGCCAAAAGGAAAACUGAGAAACUGCAUAUUGACGAGCCAAAAGUAUUUAAUCUAUCAAAUUUACCUCAACCUUAUAAAAGAGAGCAUUUUAGAAGGAUUAAUAAUGACGUCUAUAAUAAUUAUUAGAGUCGCAUUUUAUCACUCCUUAAAACAGGGCGUUAUGAUAAAAGAGAUCAAUUAGCUGCAAUUAAGGAAUAGAAAGUAAUAGGAUAAUACUAAGAAUAUAAGAAACUUCAAUUUUACGAGAGGAAAGCUUCAUUACUAUGGAAAGAUCAUCCAAAAGAAUUUCAAAUUUAUAGAUGCAUUUAAAGCUAGCAAAUAAACCAUGAAUAUUUCUAGAGUAGUGGUAGGAAAUUUGAAAUUGAGUUCUUUUAUCUAAUCUAAAAAAGAAAGCCAGGAGAGAAUUACAAUUUAAAGACUUUAUUUAAGUAUGUUAGUUGCUUACACUUCGAAGAAAACUUUAAGUUAUACGAAAUUUAGGUGCCAAAGCUAAUUUAUGAGUAAUAUAAGUAUCCGCAGAGAAUUUAAUUCGACUUCAGACCUGUAUAAGAAACUGAGUUGAUCUACAGCAAAUCUUUGAACAUAGUAGGAGGUCUCUAAAGAGCAAUUUAGAGAAGUGAGGAAAAAGAGUCAUAGCAUAAUCUACUAUUGAAACAGCAUACCUUAUUAGAGGAAGAUGACGAUGCUAGAGAAUUAGCAAUAAGGAAUGAAAAGGAGCUAAUAAAUAAAUUAUCAGACUUUAAGGACUCUCUAACAUAAAAUGCUUAAACAAUAAAGGAAACUCCUACUAUAAAAUAGCCAGAGAGUCCUGAUGUUUUCAAUGAUAAGGAAUCAUUAAAACUUACUGUUGAGGUAUGGGAGAAAAAAAGGCUUGAUUCUUAAAAUAUCGAGGACAAGAAUAAACUAUAAAGUCCUGUAACAAAAAUCAAUAACAGUCAAUCAAGAAGUCCGUUACUAAAGUAUAAGAAUGUUGUCUCUGUAUCAGAAACUGCUUUGGAGUAGUCUAUCAGAAAUCUUGAAAUUGGGGAAAAUAAGGAAACUGCUCAAGAAAUACAACUAUUUAAAUCUAUUCUAGAUUCUGGAAAGGGAGUUAAAGUGUAGAAUAAAAACUCAUAGAAAAGUGUAAAAAUUGAUACUACAGGGCAUUAGUUAAAAAAGCCGGAUUUGAGUGACUCAUCUCGACGAAUUAGGAGGAAGAGCAUGACUUAAAUAAGGCUUGUUGUAUCGCCUCCUAAUGCAACUGGAAGUGAAGAAAAUGUAAAUAGUUUUGAGGAUGAAAUAUUAAGAGAUGUAAUGAUAGAUUUCUACAACUAUCAAACACAAGGCACUCAAAUAACUAAUAUGAAAUUCGAAAUCAAUAAUCUCUAGAAGUAAACUAGCAGAUUAAUAAUAAAGAAAAAAACAGAAAGGACAGAAAAAUAAAAAGAUCCAAUAAAAGACUCUGGCUAAAAGCAAUCCAAAUCAAAGCCACUAAUUGGAGAGAUUAAGUCCCAAUCCUUCACAGAUGAAUAUGAGCUUUUAGUAAAACAUAUAGGAAAAGCUCAAGCUCAGGCUAAAAAAUCUAAAUUUGACAAAAUAACACAAAAGACUAAAUCUUAAAACUUUUUAAAUGGAAUUGUUAACAUUAAGGAAUCAAAGGAGCUAGAAGAUAAUUCUUAUUCGUUAAAUGACUCUUUUUCCUUUAGUAGCAGUGAAUUUCUAAGUCUACAGUAAAGCAUAGAUUCUGUUACAGUUACAAACGAGGAAGAGUCUUCUGUUGUGAGUAGUUUGAAUUUCAAAAGUAUGAGCUCGAAUCUGCAAAAACCUUACAUUAGAGAGAGUACCUAUGAUCAUCAGAUAAUUGGAGGAGUGAUUAAAGAAGUUAAAAGAAUUUCUGAUGGGGCUAACAAUGCUAGAAAUCAAGGAAUUGGAGGUUUAACUAAUUCAUUCAAAAAUAUCAAGACUCAAAAGUUUCUCACCGGAAGCCAUAAGGGAAAGAAGGUCAAGAAAAGAAUUUCCUGGUUUUCAAAGCAAAGCGGCAAAAAGAAGUCAAAUAAGUCAAGUCAUAGCAGAAAAUUAUCUAUUAAAAAGUUGAAGGAUUAUUUUAAGAGAUUUUUGGGUUUAAAUGUACUUGGAUGGAAAGAUUAAGAUGGAAACACUUUGCUGCAUCUUUGUGUUGGGAUUAAUUUUGUAGAAGGAGCAGAGUUUCUUAUCAAUAUGGGCUCUAAUAUUAAUGCGCAAAAUAAUUUGGGUAAUACCCCAUUGCACAAUGCGAAGUAUUUAAACAUCAAUAAGAUGGUAGAUUUUCUGAUAAGAUACAACGCAAAAUAAGCCAUUUAAAACUCAUAGGGCUUGACACCCUGGGAUAUAGAUGUGAACUGA